GACAACUCUUUCCUAGACAGACAACCUUGGUCUCUUUUCAAAUAAAAUAAUAAUAAUAACAAAAUGAAUACCAGUAAUUCCUCUUCCUUCAUACCAGCAACAGAGACGAUUCCAAUCUCAAACCUAACAGAUAUUGAUCACGAUGCUGAGUUGCAGUCAAUCACUAAUAGGCAAACUUUUUUGGCGGAAGCAGCACAAGCAGCGUUUAUUGCCAACAUGUCGAUGGACGACGAUAGUAAAGAAAUAGUUGCUCCUUCAGUACAAAAAAAGGAUCACUCCACAAACACUGAAAGCACAUCUUCCCAUAACAAUACUUUAUUUGAUAUACCUUGUAGCUUUUUACAGCGAACGCAACAAAUUCUCAUUCCGGUAUCACCUCAACAAAGAGAAAACAGUAGUAACAACAAGGCAGAAUUGAUAACACCAACCAAUGUCAAACAAGAGUAUACGAUAUUUCUAAUAAACGCUCAUCAAUAUAAUGAGAUGCAAGCUCAGUACGCAAGACAUCCGUUACCUGCUGAUGAUAUCUUGUUUCCAUGGUUACAUGGCAUAGACGGCACAAACUAUCAACAAAGUUUGUUUUUCGGCGUACGGCGUAUGGUAGUACCUAAACACCGAGGACUCGUUUUAAUUCACGCUGAUCAUGGUCAAGCUAGAGGUGACCCUUUUCACUCUCGACUUGUUCAAUCGUUUUUACCAAGCGAUAUUAUCACCUGUUCUAACAGCAACGAUGAUGGCAUUGAAGCUAUGGGAAACAACAGUAAUAGUAGAAGCAAUAUUGAGGUGGAUAAUCAGUGGACUUUUCGACAGGCGGAUCAAAAAGAAAGUACAGGUAUCCAUCUUCGUAAUUUCAAAAUUCAACCAUGGCGUUAUGCAUCGAUCAGUGAUAUUGUUAUUUAUGGAAAAAAUGCUGAAAGCAUAGCUCAAAGAAUUGCUAUGGCGCAGACAGAUAUCCAUCAUAAAAGACAACUUUACCAUGAUCGUUUACGGAAAACAGCUGGAAAAAGAGCCAUAGUGGAUUCUAAUGAUCUAUCAUACCGAAUAUUUAUUAUUACUGAUACUUUCGAUGUUUUUGAGAACCACUAUCCCGAACUUGUAUGGUAUAAUAGUCUUGGACAUGUAUUGAACAAUAUCUGUUUUCUGGAACGGGAGAAGACUGAAAUGCAAGAAAUGACAAGUGCUACUGAAUUGACAGAAAAUAUUUGGCUUGGAAACACAUUUGACGCUCCUGCAUCAAUAAACUCGGAUGAUUUCAUUGAUAUGAAAGAUGAUCAUGAAGAUAUGGAUAUAUUUCACGACCAAGAAAAUCCUCAUGGAUUUUCAGUAUGCAUUGAAUGUCACGAUUUAUCAGAUAUGCCUCUACCAUCCAUCUUAACUCUUGCAAAGGAAACUUUAAACGAACUUGGACCAGAAGAGAUGCCAUCUGAAAUCAUACAUCUAGAUAUGUAUUCUACAGGUUCUAUCAUCGAAUCAUCAGAACAGUUAGACCGUUUCCUUGACAACCUCUUAUCCUUAUUACAAUUUAUGGACACAAUUUCUCAAGGCACUGUUGCCGACAAUGAUUCUCCUUCUAUCACAGUCAAUGGCCGCAGGAUCUUGAUUCAUUGCUCAGAUGGUUAUACAGAAACGAGUAUAUUAGCAUUGUCAUGGGUGAUGUACAAAUUAAAACUUCCUUUACCGAAAGCUUAUCUUUAUUUACAAGACAGACGAAGUUUCUUUGUUCUCUCUACUGAUGUUCCCUUAUUACGGCGUAUAGAACAAACUUUGUUCGAGGACAACACAAAGAACACUGCUCCAUCUCUUUCAUCAUCGCUUACCUUGCAGCAGGAAAUCAAAUUUCAAUAUGAACAACACCAUCAACUGCAAAAAAGAAAGAGGGUGGACACUAUGGAAUUUGAAGAAUCAUCAUCAUUAUCAGUAACAUCGUCAUCACUACCAUUAGAUCAUCAUAUUACGUCAACCUAUGAAACGAACUCAAGUCAACAUUUAAUACAUUACAAUAAGAUAGCCAACAUUUGCACUGACAAGAGGGAUGAAUAUAUAGAUGAUGUUAAUGACAUUGAAGAAACAAUAUCAACCAAAUCCUAUUCAGGGCAUGAAUCGGAAGAAAAAGAUAAAUUACCGGUGAUCACAUCGUCUCCUCCAAAUAUAGAAAAUAUGAGAUUAUAUCCAUGGUUUUAUUCUCCCAGGUUUGAAGGAUCAUUUCCAUCAAGAAUCAUGCCAUUUUUAUAUCUUGGUAAUUUGAAUCAUGCUACUAAUCCUGAUAUGCUCCAAGCUCUUGGUAUCACACAUGUUGUUAGUGUAGGAGAAAAUGCUAGUUUGAAUCAAGAUCAAUUCAAACUAUUAUUUUUGGAUAAUUUAUAUGACGAUGGUAUCGAUUCCAUUCGAAGUCGAUUCGAAGAAACUAUGGCUUUUAUAGAUGAAGCUUAUGCACAAGGCACAAAAUGUCUUAUCCACUGUCGUGUGGGUGUUAGUAGAAGUGCUGCAGUGACCAUAUGUUAUGUGAUGCAUCAUUUUCAAAAAAUGAGUCUUGUAGAUGCUUAUAUCUUUGUCCGUGCAAGACGUUUAAAUGUCAUUAUCCAACCUAAUCUUAAAUUUAUGUAUGAAAUGUUGCAACUAGAACAACAUUUAACAGGAAAUUUCAGUUUAUCUUGGCCUGUAUUAUGUCAUGAAAUUCAUUUACUGAAUCAGAACUAUGAUGAAAAUUAAAUCAUAUUCAUCUUAUAUCAAACAAAAGAACGUUAUAAUAAAUAUGAAAUGAUAUUCUGUUGCCACCUUUUUUGAUUUAAAAACUCUUUCUGUUGUGGAAGUGUCCUAAAUUGACAUCCUACUGUUCCUUCCCGAAAAUCAGUUCAAUUCCGAUACAACUCCGCAUAUAGAUUUUUCUUUCCUAUGACUGUGGAAGGUUUUGGUUCCUGUAUUCUCAUAGGGUAGUGCUUUC